AUGUUGAAUAUUGUACAACUGUUCGGACCGCGCGAACUGUUUAAAACUGUGCGUUACUCCUGUAACUUGCUGUGCUUUCUAACUUACUACUGGGCAAUAUAUUGCUUUCAUCUUUGUUUAUCUAAUGAUUCAAGGUGGAAUAUUCAUCUAGAAACCUUAUUAAUGUGCUCUGGUAAAAUAGUUGUUCCUGGUGAUCUUGUUUGUUCUUCGGAAGCUACAUAUAAAAGUGGACCAUUGACAUAUGUAUGCUCCGGGAACAUACUAUCAAGUGCUUUUGGACACAUAAAGGAGGAAUCCCAUGCAGAUGGAACAAAAACGUUUUCAGUCGAGCCACUAAAAGCUCCAGGCAUAGUUCCUACCACAGGAUCAGUGGUAUUAGCUAAAGUUUCUAGUAUAACUCGGCGAUUUGUUCGAUGUGACAUUGUUGCUGUUGGAGACAAUUGUCUUGCCGGACCGUUCAAGGGUCUUAUUAGACGUGAGGAUAUUCGGGCUACUCAGCGAGAUCAAGCGGAACCAGGCGACUGUUUUAGACCAGGAGAUAUUGUACGGGCUCGUGUGAUCAACCUUCUGGGACCUGGAGCAUAUGCACAUACUGGCUCAAUCAUGUCUAGUACAUCUCAAACUUUAUCUACUUUGCUAACCACACAGGCUUUAUCUUGUUCUGUCGCAGCCACAAAUGAUGCUAACAUGAGUGGUUCUAGUUCCAUUUGUCUUCUGUCUACUGCUGAACCUGAUCUAGGAGUAGUUCUUGGUCUUGGGAGGUCCCCUGAAAAUAAUUUUCAGGAACUUCUUGGAAGCACGAGUGGGACCCCUCUUGUUCCUGUUGGAUGGACUGAAAUGUUAUGUCCUCAUACACUUACUCGAUACCCUCGAAAGGACGUUACAAAAUGCCAAUCGAGUGAUCUACACUUGCAAGAGGCCGGAGUUCGGACCACAGAACUGGCUGCAAUUCUUUGCGCUACUUUUGAAAAUGUUCAGGGAACUGUAAUUGCCUACCAGUAUCCACAUAAUUACGUUUCUUCCACUCAGUUUAAAGAAAUAGGAAAUGCUGUCAUUCCACGAGCUGAACUGGCUUUUCGGUUAGUCACAAUUGAAGCUUUCAAACACUAUGUCAUUGGGUGCCUACAACGCAUCGAAGGAGUUCAGUAUAAAAGAAAUACUUUGCAGUUUAAUAUGUGCCUUGUAAUAAAACCAAGACCAACUUCCGAUCGAGAUGAUAUAUCGCACUGGCAGUUUUGGGAUGAUCAGUCAGCUGGUGGCCUCAGACCCAAUGUUCAAGCAGCCUAUGAAGCUUUAACGUUAAAGAUAAAUCGAUAUUUCUACGCCCUAGAGGAACAGUGUGCAUUUCUGUCUCGCGCAUUAGAACAUCAUGAAGGUGCAGUUGGUUGUGUUAAACUACCCUGCCUUGAUUCAAUUUACAAACAGUUGCAUGAAUCCGGAAUGUGCAUUGUUUCAUUUCCAAACUGUGGCUCUCUCUACUUGCGGUUUAGUCCUCGACAAGACCGAGGAUCGUAUAGUAACCUAUCAUUUGAUAUGUCUGAACUUGUUCAUGAAGAAAUACUGAAUGACAAUAUUGAGUUGGGGUUGGAUCAGAAAAUUCGUCAGAUUAAUCUUCAUCACAAUAACCAAGUUGUUUUCCCAAAUUUUAAUCCUCAAACAGAAUCAGACGUUACUGAUGAUUGUGUAUUUGUUUUGAUCGCCUCUCCAACUUAUCAUCGUCAUUCUAAAAUGGGAUACAAUGUGAAUGGUGGAUGGAGGCCAUUGGAUGCUGUUUCUCAGCGUAUUAUACCGUAUAUUGAUGGUAAACGACGUUUGAUGGAGUUGGCUCAAUUAGCUCAUCUGGAUGUGACAAUCGCUCGUUUAUGUCUAAUUGAGCUUGCUCGGAUAGGAGUUGUACGUGCAUUACCUUUCCCUACAUUUUUGGUGCCUUUACCACAAGUUGAAAGAUUGUCCAAUUUUAAUAUUAUUCCUGGUUGGUUAGGUUUACCACGAUUGGCAACUCUGCUUACAGAUCGUACUCUAAGCAAUGUUUGCUUAGAAACUGUGACGGCGUCUAAUCCCUAUUGCCAUAAAAUAAAAAGUUUGUGUAUCCAUGAUAUCUUCCAUUUGUAUGCAAUACUUUGCGCUUCAUCCAAUUUUAGUUUACCAUACUUAAUUUCAGCCAAUCCACAUAUUCGAUUUAUUGAAUAUCCUUCUUGUUUGAAUUCAUCUUCACAUCAUUCUAUCCCACCUGUUGUGCCAUCAAAAAUUUGUACAUGUUAUACUUCUCAGCGUCGUAAAUAUUACCGUUAUUCUAAAAUUAGUUUGUUGUCCCUUGUACAGUUUGGUGAAGCAAACGGUUUGAUAAGACGAAUUCAGUGUUAUCCAAUCAGUGAUAAACUAGAAGUGUCUAAUAAAUCAACUAAUAACAAUCAAUUAUCGUCUGCUGUAUCAUUGAAAGAACCAUCUCCUACGACAGUGAUAACAACAACUUCCGCUGCAAAUCAUACACAGCAGUCAUUGCUGCAACGUCAAGUUAAAAACUUUUCAAGUUUUUUACGUCAUAACCCAUGUAAACUUAGCAAAAAAUCAAAAAUAAUCCAUGAACAAACAUGGUCUGCUGCUAAAUCUAUGCUAAUGGAUGGUCAACAUAGUCUAGACUCAAUCAUUACUUGUAUGCUAACAAAUAAUGAAAGCGUAACAGAUUGUUCUUCAACUGUGCACAGAAUACCAGAGUAUAUUAUUGAAAUGUCACAGUUAUACCGCUUCGAUGAAUGUUUAGGUGGACAAAUAUCUCAUUAUGAUCAUGAUGUGUCAAUGUUGAAUAGAAAUAAAAUUUCAAGCAGCUUCAUUUUCAGCCCAGAUGAUACUACUUUUACUACUGUUAAUAAUAAUAGUCAGACUAUCCAAGAAGCUUCUGUACAUAACCGGAUAUUAGAUAAUAGACUAUGGUCUAAACCACAAAAUUGUAUGACUGCAUUCAUGGAGCCGUUAGAUUUGGAUAAAACAAACUUCACAUUACCAGAUCUUUAUUGGAUGUGGCGUUGA